AUGCCGAGGAGCCCUUGGAAGGCUUUAUCUGCUUCUGCUGCUGCUGUUUCUGCUGCUGCUGCUGCUGCUUCUCCUGCUGCUGCUGUAGCAGCAACCUCUGCUCCCGGUGAGUUGGGGGCAGCAAGAGAAACAGAAGAAGUAGAAAUAGAAGAAGGAGAGAAAAAAGAAGAAAGAAAAGGGCCCCUGAAGAUUACACUUGGUGGGGUUGUUGCAAGAGCUAAGACUCCAGCAAAAGCAGCAGAAGCAGCAGAAGCAGCAGCAGCAGAAACAGGAACAGCAGCAGCAGCAGCAGCAACAGCAGCAGCAGCAGGAGCAGCAACAGGUACAGCAGCCGGUGCAGCACCAGAAGAUAUAUGGACGCUUCGUUCGUUUGCUGCUACCCGUGCUGCGCGUGUUGUGGCUUUGCUGUUGGAGUAUGAGGAGGCUCGCGUUGUGCUGCAGGAGGAGCUGCAGCAGCAAGAGCAGCAGCAACAUGCUGCUGUUGCUGCUGCUGUUGCUGCUGUUGCAGCAGAAGCAGCACGGAUACAGCAGGCAAUUGAUGAUGAAAAUGAGCAACUAGCAGCAGCAGCAACAGAAAAAACAGAAAAAGCAACAUUAGCUGAUGAGGCAGCAGAAGAGCAGCGCAUAAAGGAGCAGCAACGGCGUCAACGAAUGCAGCAAGAACAGCAAGAACAGCAGCAGCAGCAGCAGCGGCGGUGGUAUCGGUAUGGUGGAGAUCAGGAUGACUAUGACGAUACCUUUCAACCGUACAGUCGCCGCCAGCAGCAGCAGCAGCAGCAGCAGCAGCAGCAGCAGCAGCAGCAGCAGCAGGGGAGGGGUAUCGCCGCCAGCAGCAGCAGCAGCAGCAGCAGCAGCAGCAGCAGCAGCAGCAGCAGCAGGGUAGGGGUAUGGGUCGUUUUCAGCUUGCUCCUCGGGCUGCACGAGGGGCGUGGAGGGCGCGACGAUGGAACACUUAUAAUUAUAACUACAGCAGCAGCAGCUAUUAUAAUAGUGGGUACAGGGGCCCCCAUGAUAGAGGAGGAGGAGGAGGAAGAGGAGGGGGCCCCCGCGAUGCUGCUGCAGCAUGCAGCCUAG